CACAACACACCCCCAGGUCUUUUGACCCUGACCCUUGCUCCAGUAGUCUCCAUUUUUUUCUUGAACUACACAAUUAUAUUGACCUGUGAAACAGGCGAGAGGAUCAUUUGUUGGUCUGUCUUAGCUAAAUAGCAGCUCUAUCACACCCACGAAGUCUACAGAAGCAUGGGCAAGCGGAAGAAGUCAAGCAGACAGCCACAGGGACCAAAAAAGAAAGAACCGCUACCCACUACUUUCGCAUGUCUAUUCUGUAACCACGAGAAUUCUAUUGUGGUGAAACUAGACAAGAAGCUGGGGCUAGGAAACUUGUCCUGUAAAGUGUGUGGGCAGAGGUUUCAAACCGGUAUCAAUUAUCUUUCUGCCGCUGUCGAUGUGUAUUCGGAUUGGGUAGAUGCGUGUGAUGCAGUUGCAAAGGAUACAGUCAACAGAUACGAAGACAAUAAUGCCCGGGGCCUGCGCUCGAAUGAGUAUACCGCUUCUUCUGGUGGGCAGGGCACUGAAGACAGUGCAGAGCGCGUGGAUGCCUAUGCGGAAGAGUAUUGAUAUUAUUAAUUCUCAGAUAUUGGAUACCGGUGUACAAAAUGAAAGUCCAGUAGCUCUCCUGUGGUCUUUUCCUCUAAGUCACAAUUUCCUGUUAUUCUGUCUUCAGGUCCCCUGUCAUUACAUUAUUCUCACUUGAUCAACCGGCUUUGACUUUGGGGUUAAUGAAUACC